UGUCUGCUCGUCAGCUGCUCAAGGCGCGCGGCAUUUCGUAUCAGAUAUGAGAAACUGUCAGUUAAUGUCAGUCGUUAAUGUCGGUUGUGUUCGUGGCGACGCUGUUGUAAGUGAGGACCUGGACUCUGUUGUUGCUGUAAACGGCGGUAUCAGAGCACCGUCACCGUCACCGGCGGCUGGCAGCUCUUUGUAACUCUCUCUGAGUGAGCGACUGUGUGUGUGUGUUGCUGGUUUCUUCACCCCAGCUACUGACUACUCCCAUGACUCCAGGAACUGGCUGAUUCUGGAUCUGUCAAGCAGGAAUAGGACAGGCCGAGGCAGACAGGGAUGAGUUGGGCUGAGGAAGACUGGACGGUGGGGCUGUCUGGACGGGUCCUGCAAAAGGUGAAGGAGCUGCAGGUCCAUCAGGAGCGACUGUCGAGAGAGAACAAACAGAAACAGCUGCAGCUCGACAACAUCCACACCAGCCUCGAAAAACAGACUGUGAAGUAUGAGGAGGUGCGUGGGGAGCUCCAGUCUGCGCAGAGAGAGCUCCAGAAUGUUCGCGAGGAGGCCAAGGCGGCGGUGAUCGGCAGGGAGCGCCUGACCCAGGAGCUUCAGACCAAGCAGGCCCAAGUAUGCUCGUUGGAGGGCCAGCUGGAUGCUACUCGCACCAACAACAACAAACUUACCCAGGAGGUGAAAAGGUUGGAGGCAGAGCUGGAGAAGCUGCAGAACAGCAGCCGGUCAGCAGAUACCACUCUGUUUUCUACUCCCUGCUGGAAUACAACCUCACCCUGGGAACAAAAUGGGAGCAGAAAGGAGGAGAGGCAAGAUGAGAGCCGGGCACUUCACAUCCGACAGCGGCUCCAGUUCUCAGACGUGCCCUCAGCUUCACUGCAACGACCACAACACAAGAGCACACCCCACCGCCACCCCUCCGACCAGUCGGAGUCAUUCUCUACUCCCUUGGCUGCGUUUCCGUGGGAACGGGAUGACUCGAGACCAGCAAGCAGGAGGCAAUCCCCGUCCUCUCCCCAGACGCCCUGCACUGGUGUCAUCAGUCAAGGCCAGUCGGAGCUGGGGGUUUGCGGGAAGGAGAAGGACCACAGGAUGGAGACAGACAAAUCUUUAUCAGAAAUGCGGAGUCGUGUGUCUCGUCUGGAGGAGGAGCUGUCCGUGAAGGCCGGGACCUUAAAGUCGAUUCAGAGCGAAAUGGUGCAGAGCAAGAAGGAGCUUGCCGCCAGGGAGCUCAGCCUGCAGAAAGCUAGAGAUGAGCUCAGCCUGGUUCACACACGCAUCACCCAGGAGAGCGAACGGGCAUCAGGAGCCGAGCAAAGGCUGAAGCAGCUACAAGAGGAGCUGAAGUGUCAGAGGCAAAAUGCAGAGAGCAGCCGACUGCAACACCAGCAGCGCACGAAGGAGAUGGAGAAACAACAUCAGAGGGAUUUGACUGAGCUUCAGAAGGAGAGGCAGGGUCUAGAGAGGCAGCACCAGCAGGAGGUGAAUAAGCUCAACCAGGAGCUUCAGCAGGCCAGGACGCUCCAUAAUGCCCUGCAGGCCCAGGCUGACAAGCUGUCUCUGCAGAAACAAGCACUGGACAAAGAGUUGGACACAUUGAAAGAGAAGCUGAAGUGGACGGAGGGACAGCUGAAGGAGAGCCAGAAGAAAGAGGCACAGAUGCAAGCAAAACUGACGGAAGUGGUGCGCGAGGCAGAGGGUGUGGCAGUGAGUCUGGAGCAGAGCAGGAAGAAAGAGCGAGGUCUAGAGGAGGAGGGGAGGAGACUGGCAGAGGAGCGGGCCGACGCCCUGCGUCUCCUCAAGGAACUGCAGGAACAAAAAGCUGCCCCAGCAACCCCUCUACAACCUGUGCAGUUUUGCCCUGUUGGGCAGAGUUUCCCUCCUCAGCCUUCUUCCACUCAUUCGCGGCCAUCACCUCACACCAAGAGACGUGCUGCUGCCUGUCCGAGCCGAGCAGAAGAAGGAAGAGGAGGGGCACGAGAAGGAGAGGAGGGCAGACAAUACAACAUCUUACCCUCCUGACAGAGAGCCAGGAGAAGGCAUCGAUUCUGAGCACAUCACUGUUCUCAUCUCCACAGACUCUGAGAGUUCACGAAGGGGAGGACACAGAAGAAAAAGUAAUGAGGAGGAGAACUCAAGUAGGAAUGAGGUGAUGGAG